UUGACUCUGUUGUAAGCCCCGUCCAACAAGCUAGCUCUUCCAUACAAGUACCUAUCAAAUCCAGCCCCUCCUCAAUUUCCUAAUUCUUCACUCUCUUAAGCAAAUUGACUUGAACCAACACACAGUUAGAUCGCAACAACAUCCUCUUCGGCUCUAGUCAUGGCACACUAUGAUCAACAACAAGCUCCUGCAUAUCCUCGACCAAGCGAGGUAUAUCAACCACCUCAACAAUGCUAUCCAGCAGAAAAGGCGGUGGAAAUGCAUGCUAAUGCUCCGCCACCACCUGUUGGUUAUCCCACUAUGGGAGGAGCUGAGUACCCCCGACAUGCUCCUCCUGUCCACACGCAAAGCAAAGGUGAUGACUUUUGGAAAGGAUGUUUUGCUGCCUUAUGUUGCUGCUGUGUGUUGGAUAUGUGCUUUUGCUAAUCAAGCCCACCCUAGAUGCAUGCCUAAAUCUUGAUAAGGCACCAAGUUUUAUUUUCUCUCUUGAUUUCCCAUCUAGGCUACAUUAAUCAUGCUUAUAAUUUCUCUACUUAAUGGAGUUAUUUUUGCACUAUUUUUGAUGUCUUAUAAGGAAUAAAAAUAUUAAGAUCUUAUGUACUCAUUCAAUCAAAUACUAUGCGAUGUUAGAUUUAACGUUAGUAAUUCAAAUAUUAAAGACAAUUUUAAUGUCUCUUUUAUUCGGUCUAGAUGUUAUUAAUUUUUCCAACUUUUCGACAUUCGUCAUUUGAUAUAUAAUGGAUAAAACGUAAGAAGCAAGAGGGAUGAAAUUUGAGUAUAUUGCAUUAGUGGAUGCAUUAAAAUCCAACUUGAAUAAUUGUGUACCACAGAAGGAAAAAUUAAGGUAAAGCUAGCUGGUCAAGAUUUACAAAACCUUGUAUUGCGAGGCAGAAUAGACUAUGCUCCACAAAACUUUGGCACAUUAAUUAACGGAUUACCUAAGAGCUAAUCAAUUAUCAUUUAACUGGUUUUGAGUCAUUAAGAUAUUAGUUUAAGAAAGCCUUCAAUUGUGGUUUAAUUAGAAAAUAUUAAAUAACAAAUUUCCUGAUCAAGAGACUUCAUCUUUGAGAAUAAUCGAAUAUUUGCAAACCAGAGAGAAGGAAGGUUCGUAUUUUUAUUCCUCAAAGAAAAGUUGAUACAAGAAUCCUAGUUAUUUGUAGAGAGCUGGUUGUAUUAGGUGUAAAAUAACAGAAAUUGGAGGGGAUAAAAUUGGGGAAGAAAAAAUCUCUGCAAGUACUGUUUGUCUGUUAUCACCUAUUUACAGCAGUAGAAUUCCACCUACCUAUUUACAGCAGUGAAAGCAAUAAGUAAAGCAAUAAAUAUAAAUACUAUAUUUAACUAAGAUAAUAAUCUUAUAUCUAAUUCUCCCCUUCGA